AUGCCGUCGCAAUCUUCGACUAAUAAUCGCCCCGGCGCACUGCAGUCGCUCCAUCAUCGAGCCUCGGGGUCCUACCACUACCAGACCUUUCCCACCGCGCCUCCCAGGAACGCCGGCCGUCCGCCGCCAAAGAGCAUGAAGAGCAUAGACAACUCCUCCCACCCCAAUGGCAACCACCCGCCCUCGCCGCAUUUGAGUCGAUCGGAAUCGUACUCGUCCCAAAAUCACCACCACGAAACACCCCUACCCACAGGCCAACUCGCUAUACUGGCUGUGAUUGCAUUGGCAGAGCAGACGGCUCUGAACAGUAUCUCUCCCUAUCUGCCUGAUAUGGCGAGUACGUUUCCAGAGGUCGAAGAGGGGGAGAUUGGCAUGUAUGUCGGCCUGAUUGCAUCGGCAUUCGCAGCAGCACAGUUUGCGACAAACUUCCUCUGGGGAUGGCUGAGCGACAGGAUAGGCAGGAAGCCCGUCGUACUUACAGGCACGCUGUUGACAGCAGCCUGUUUCGUGGCAUUCGGGUUCUGCAGGACCCUAUGGCAGGCGAUAGUGGUGCAAGCAUUGAUGGGACUGGUCAAUGGCAAUCAGGGCGUCAUUAGUACAUGCUUGGGCGAGAUUACGGACAGGUCGAACCAGAGCAGGGCAUUCACGUAUCUGCCGGUGAUAUACGGCAUUGGAGGGAUAACAGGACCUCUUGUUGGUGGACUGUUGGUGCUCAGGGACAACCCGUUCAAGAAAGGACAUGCCAACCCAUACCCAUAUCUGCUGCCGAACCUGUUCUCAGCGGCGGUGUUGGUGAUUGACUUCGUUUUGACCGCGAUCUUCUUGAAGGAAUCCCUCGAUACCGCGUCCGAGCUGCCACCGUUGAAGAGGAGAAUAGAGAGCCUGUUCUCGUGGAUCUGGCAGUUUACCAGUUCGCACACCCCAACCUAUGUGCGGCGUGCGAGUAAGGGUGCCCACGACAACCAGCAGCCGUAUAGGCCCCUGUCCACAAACGACGCGAUCGAAGAGGACGAUGAGGAAGAUUCGGUUUCAGACGACGCCGCUUCCGAUGCCGAUCACCACGACCAUCUUGAAAGCAAAGACGUGUUCAAUCGUGACACCGUAUUGCUGCUGUCGUCGUAUCUGAUCUUUCAACUGAGCAACAUCUCAUACAACUCGCUGUAUCCGAUCUUCUCCGAAGCCAAGCCACCAACCGGCCGCGCUCUCGUUCCCGAAGAAAUCGGCACCAGCCUUGCCUUUGCGGGCCUCAUCACGAUCUUAUUCCAAGUUGGAGUUUUCGGGAAGCUGCGCGAGAAGAUAGGUAAUAAAACCACCUAUCGCGCUGGCAUGGCGGGCUUUGUGAUCGCUUUUCUCCUCAUGCCCUGGGUGGGCUACAAAGACAACGCGGACGGCUCAGGUGAGGCUACUAACAUGGGGAAAGUGUCGCUUUGGGUGGAAUUGGGCGCUAUUUUGAUUGUGAAAACCGUCGCCUCCGUGGGCGGGCUCACAAGCGCGCUUCUCCUCAUCACCAACAGCGCGCCCUCGCACGCGGUCCUGGGCACGUUGAAUGGCCUCGCGCAAACCCUGAGCGCUGCUGGGCGCGCUGUGGGGCCUUUCAUCUCCGGCAGCCUGUUCAGCGCGGCCACGCGCGUUCACCCCAAAGGUGAGGCUAUGGCAUUUGGCAUCUUCGGCGGAGUGAGCUUUCUCGGCUUCCUCAUGAGCUUCGGCAUAAGGGGCGCGAAUCUCGAGAGCGACGACUGGGACGACAGCAACGAAGACGACGACGAUGAAGCAGUCGUGGAGAGUAUUGACGGAGAUGCGAGCCCCGAUGGGAGACGGUAG